CUCUUUUAUACCUCUGCUAGCAAAAUUAGUCUUGUUCCUCUUAAGGCAGAUCAACUUUAAGAAGUAGUUUAGAAUUUGAUAAGCCAUAUCAUGGUGGAAGUGAAUCUAACACUUUUCUAUAAUUCCCAUAGUUGUCAAACCACUAGUAAAGGAACUGUAAUAAUGCAGAUAUUAUGAAGAAGGCUGGAGAAGGUGUGGGUUUUUGGAUAAGUGGAUUUUGAGCAGUUUGAGGUGAGUUUGGGAUAUGUGAGUUUUUAUGGAGAAAUUAAGGUUUACGGUUUGUGAAGGAGUAAAUUUUAGAGGAAUAAUCAAACGUAGUCCAAAUUUUCCAAACUUUCUCCAAAAGUGGGUCAUGAGGCUCUUUAAAUUAUGAGCCUCCCAAAUUAGAUGAAAGGACUGAUGCGAUGAGAUAAGUCGGCUUCAAAUAUGAAAGCAUCUAAGGUAA